CUGCCCUGACUCGCUGAGCCGGGCGUCAGACACCAGCGACUCGAGACUAGUGCGCUACAACAGGAAGUUGUUAUCUUCAGCCAAACAACAUGGGAAAGCAGAGCGCCCAAACGUGACUCGGCCCUCCGUUGCACUGUACGCUCUCUCCCAUCAUUCAGGGACUGAUGGACGCUGCUCGGAGCAGCCUGCCCUGUUCCUCUGGACGGGACGAGCCGCCGCGAGAAGGGACAGCGGGGCCGUCGGAGUCCCCCGUGCACCUGUUCACCAUGCAGGACGUCCUGUCCGACAUCCAGGGGAUGGUGGAACGGAGCCAUAUUAUCAACAGGGCACCACACAUGGAUUUAACUUGCCUGAAGUCGUGUUCUGGUGAAUCAGAGAUCCAUUUGACGCGGACCAUUUCCAGGGCUCUGGGAUGCCGGUACCAGCCAGCCCAGCUCAAUGUACCGGCCAUGCUCAAACAACUGGAGGAGGCAAAGGACUAUAGGCGCUGUGUGCAGGGGCAAGUGGCGGACAUGAGGCGUGCGAGCGCAUGCAGGACGAGCCGAGACCCGGAACCCUUGGGGACCGCGGAGGAGCAAUGGAGCAUGGCUCUGCUGGAUGCCGCUGCCACAGUGCAGGUCAAGGCAGCACAGCUGGAACAGGUCACCCUGUAUCACAACCAGAUGGAAGACAUCAGGUCGUUCCUAAAGAGGCUCACUGGGGAAAUGGCGAAGCUGAGCUUAGAUGCUUUAGGUAGCAGCUCCGUCCAAGCCGAAAAGAUCAGUGCUCUUUUGCAAACGAUGGAGCAGAAGAAAGACAUGAUCACGGAGCUGCUCCAUUCAAGUAGUGAACUUUCACCCCAUUUGAGGGAGGCUGAAAGUUCAGGUGUUCUUCUUGCCCAACUCGGGUAUCUCCAGGAAGAAUGGAGACUUCUGGAAGGCACGUUUAAAAGAGCUCUCAGGCAUGCCUCCGCAUCCUUCUCUCAGUCGUCUCAUCUUUUGAAAAUGGCCCAGCAUCUGCAUGGCAGGGUAACAACUCUCCAGAAGACUUGCGCUGGCCUGCAAUCCUCAGAGGAAAGCCAUGGCAGCCCAUGCAGCCUGAUUCUACAACUGACCUGCCUGAAGGCCGACAUAAAAAUACACAAUCAGCAUUCUCUCCAUAUUCAAUCACAGUCAGAUACCUUAUGCCAAUUUUCUUUGGGUCGGAAGGAGAAGGAUGAGAUGGGGUGUGUUCUACAGGAGUUGCAAUGCUCACUGAAUGUCACAAAGAGGCAGCUUGAGGAUCUCAAACCUGGUAUAGGUGGGACUCCAUUACCUGAACACCUCAUGCUGUUGGAGGAUUUGGCUACAUCUGCCAAACACGCAGAAAACCAAGUCGCAAUGGGGCAAACUUUACCCCUUUUCCCUGAAGAGGCCCAAAUCCAAAUUGGGGAAAUGCGGAAACUGCGAUCCAAAACUUUAUCCAAACAAUUACAAUUGAAGUAUUUGGCCAUUGGUAUUGAUAAAAAUAACUCUGAUGUUUUGAACUCAGUAAAGAUGGUAGAAGAUCUGUAUGAAGCCUUCGAUGAAAGCUCAGCUCAUUUCCUGGAGCAUGCAGAGAAAAGCCUGCAGGAAAGGGAGGAUCUAUUCCACAAGCUUACUAGCUUUGACACCUGGCAAGCAGACAAACACAUCUCCAAAAACCCUCGCAUUCAUAUUGAGAAUGCUUCAAAAGUUGAAAUGGUAGAGUUAAAGAGACAGCUAGGUGUUCACAAAUUGGCCACAGACAAGAUUGAAAAACAAAUGGCCAAGGUAGCCAUUUUGAUAGAGAACUGUAGGAAAACUGCCAUAGAGUUGAAUCCUGCUGAGGCCAGAUAUCUUAUUAACAGGCUCUCAGGGCUCUGGACGGAAUUUGAUGGACUGGUGGCUCAUGAGCGUGUAAGUAGCUGGGAGUUAGAAGAGCUUAUUCACGAGCGUACCUCUUCUAAUGAGGAACUAGCAAGCAUCCAAGCUAGCCUAAAGAAGAUAUCUGCAGAUCUUGAUGGCCAAAGCUUCCCUUUGACGGCAGAAGCCAUCUCUGCAGCUAAGCGGAUGACACAUAUGCUAAUGGAGCAUCAGUUCCAAGUGCAGGAACUUCAGCACUGCCACGAGGCGAAGCGAAGCUCAAUGAUGUGUGACAUUGGUGAGCUUCAAGACAGAUGUAAAACUCUAACUGUCCAUGCCAUGGAGCAGGAAAAGUAUUUUCACCUCCUGAAAGAAAUGGACAAAUCCCGGCACAUUGCUGAAGGUCAAAUCCAGUGUUCAUUCACCCAAGCUGCAAGCUUGGGUGAAAGAUUCAGACUUUGCCAAACUCUUUUAGUUGAACUUCCCCUAGUGAAGACACAGUGCCAAGAAGCGGCUGACCAAUUGGAAGUCAUAGCUCAAAACCUGAACGCUUCAGAGCUCCAAUCAGAGAGGCAGAGGAUUCUGCACACGGUGGAAUCCCUGGUGGCCUGGGAGCACGCUGUGACGGAGAACGUCCAUAACUUAGAGGGCAAACUUCUGGAAGAUCUCCGUCUCUGCACCGAGCUUCCCAAUAUGACAGACCAUGUCCGAAGAACCAAACAGGACCUAUUGGAGGUUGAACCAGUGAACCCAGAGGAGAAGGCCAUUGAUGCUGCAUUACAAAGGUUUUGGGUUAUUCUGAGAAACCUGGAGUCUUGGAUGCGGGUGGUCGAAUCUUUGGGGCGGAAAGAAAAGUGUAACCUCAGGACCCUUGAAGAACUGAAAUCCCUAACAGAUGCAUGUAUGCAUGACUGCCAUUCAAAGAUGGAGGACUUGGCCCAUGCUCGAGAGGCCCUUAAGGACUACCACUGGGCUGCUCAGGGGGCCCUGUCCUUCCUCCACAACGCCGAAGCUACCUUCUUGUCAGCGCCUGGUGGGUUUUUGGACUGUGCCGAGGAACAAAAAGAGACCCAGGAGGCUCUCGCCUCACUCAAGGAUGUCCUGCAGGCUCACAUUAGCCAUCUAGUGGAACUGGUGCCCAAACACCCCUGUCUCUCAAGCCAGAAGACAGAGCAGCUCCAUAUUGGGGUUCUGAGCCACCUGUUGGUGGGCAGAGCCAUACUCGAGGCACAAGCACAGCUCAGACUGGAGGCCCUGGAGAGGUGUGCAAGAACACAACAGAGUCACUGGAUGUGUCACAAACAAUUACGACAGCUUCUGUCCAGCUUUGAGGCAAGUCUGUCUGAGUGUUGCUCCGAGCGAGUGACCUCCUACGUCCAGUGUGAUGCCCAGCAAAACAGAGCUAAGUCCCUGAUGGGGGAGCUGCACAGCCUGGCUGGGCAGCUAGAGGACCUGCGGGCCGGCUGUCCCAUGCAGGGCUGCAGGGCGGGCAAGGAGGGGGAGCUGAGCGCCCUCUGGAGACACUGGGCACUGCUGUGUCGGGGGGUGGGCCUCCUGCUGGCCCACUCGGAGCAGAGGAGAGCCGAGUGGGGGGACAUCAACACCAGCAUGGAGCAACGCUGUAGCUCCUUGGCGAGGCAUCAGGCAGAGCUUCCUGAUCCCUCCUCCACCGGGGCCCCCGGCGCUCAGCCGGACGCCAACGAGUCAUUAUCCCCGGCAAAGAUGCACCCGGCUGGCUUGGAGCAGGGGCAGCGGUCCUUCACCUCCCUGGAGCACCGUCUGCAGCACGCCCUCAGCCUUUCUGGGCCACAGGACCCCGGCUGCGCCGGGCCCUUGGGCCAACCACUGAAGGAGGUCCAGGGGAGUGUGAAAAGCUUGACAGAAACAAACAUGCUGGUGGUGCGAGCAGCCCUCGCUGAAGAGCAGGUGAUGCGGCGGUCCCAGGAGGAGAUACGGGAGGUGGAGGAACGGGUGGAGGCAUUGCUCCUCCCUCUGGAAUCCUGUUUCAACCUGCAGCAGGGAGAGAUGGGACACGUAAAGGACGCCAGGCAGGUCUUAGCUUUGCAGAGGGCUAAACUCUGCAGGGUCGGUGAGGAGCUGGGCAGCAGGUACCCAGAGGUGCCUGCAGACAUUGGCCGACGGCUCGGUGAAGCCCAGCACGCCGUUCGGACAGCGGAGGAGAAGCUCUUGGAGAGGAGCGACCCGUUCCAUAAGCUGAGCAGCAGUGCGCUGGAGGUCAGCGUCGCCCUGGAGGCGCUGAAGACGCUGCUGGACACCAGAAGUCCUUCCUUCCCCGAAGCUCAAGACAAGCUCAAGCACGUGUGGGACGAGCUGGACGCGUGGCACAGCCGGCUGGGGGUCCUGGAGAGCGAGGCCCAGGACCUGGCAGAGGAGCGCCCCCAGCAGGGCCACCUCCUCAUGGACCGGCUCAGCGGGCCCCUGCAGCUCUACCAGGACACGGCCCAGCUGGCCGAGCAGCGCACCGCCUUCCUGGCCCGGAUUCCGGCCUUCCUUCAGGAGUUUGAGGACAUCCUGCACAGCGCCACCUGUUGGCUCGGGGACGCUCAGUCGUGGAUCAGUGCUCCCUGUACUUACUCUACAGCCAGGAGCCUCCACAGCCAUGCCAAGUCCCUCCAGCUGGUCCUUGAAGACUCGGAGAGGACCAGAGCCACCCUUGGGAGCUUGGGGCUGCUGUUCCAGGUGAUGUCUGCGGUCUGGGACACCAGAGCGCUGGAGCAGAGGCUGGCCUGGACAGAACGCCAGGUGGAGGGCAUGCAGCACAAUGUGUACGAGCCCAUGGAGCAGCUCCUGCACAUUGCCACAGAAAUUGAUGCCAUGGAAUUAGAGGUGAAGACUAUGGAAAAGAAUGCGACGAAGAUCAGAUCCAUUUUAACCACCAUGGGCAGCAGGAACAUCUCAGAGGCAGAGUGCCUCGAAAGCCGACAGGUGAUCCUGGACAACCUACAGUCCAUGCGGGGGACCCUGGAGGAGAUUGAGCAGUGCAAGGGCGAGCUGCAGCUCCCAGCAGGGGCGCUGGACACGCUCACCGUCUUCCCCAGGGCACAGCUCAUGCUGCAGUCCCUCCAGGAGCUGCAGGAGUGGACCCAGCGGCAGGGCACGCUGCAGGAGGACCCUGUUGAGGUACUCAGCUCUGAGGAAGAGGAGGGUGAGGGCGUGGAGCAGCGGUACCACUCGUCCUCCUCUGAAACCCUCACAUGCAGUCUCCCAGAGGACCCCGAAGAGAGCUUUAUUCAACUACAGGAUAUGGAGACAGAUGCAGACACUGCCCGAUGCCUUGGAGACGCUAAGGAUAUUCCUGGAACUCAACCACUCCAAGACGAGCCGGCUCCUUGGAGUGUGGCCUGGCAGCCUUGGCCUGAAGCAGAGCAGAUCUUAACCACCACCACGCGGGACGUGUCCUGGCCUGCGAUGGUUGGUGCUGAUAGAGCAGCGUCAGGGGAAGAAACUGGAUUACCGCUGGCUAUUGAACCCAGGCUUGUGUCCAACACAGAGACCAGUCUUGCUGCUAUGUCGAACCCCGCCAUGGUGUCAGAUGAGCACAGACACUCGCCGUACAUCGAUGAGACGUGUCAACGCGUAGAUCCACAGCAUUCUUUGGCAGUUGAUGCAACAGGGUUUCUUGCCGCAAGAACUCCAAAUGCCUUCACAGCCAGAGGACCAUCCAUGAGCGCAUCACGGAACAGGCCCGAACGUCUCACUGGAUCGUUGACCUCUCACCAAGACUUGGUGACCCAGGAUGAGGUUAUUGAUCCCAGAGCAGACAUUAAGGCCGGGGCCACUCUGGGCAGUGUGGUGGAUGUAGAAGAUAUCACAAAGACACAAACCCAUGAUGCAAUGCAGGACCAUAAACCAGGGAUGUCCAAUGAUGACGAAGAAGAAGCACAACGAGAAGAAGACGAGCAAAAGCGAAACCCUGUCUCUGCCGAGAUCUCUCACAACCUCACAGCUGUGAUCCGCAGCAGAAACAGAGAGGAUGUGGAACAGGUCGAGGAGAGGCGAGAGGAGACAGGUGUGCCACAGGAAUCCCAGGAGGCUACAAUUAUGCUUCAGGAAUUUGUCUGUACAAUGGAAAGAGAGAUUGGUAUGAGGCACACAGACAGCUUGCUUUGGUUGGUGGAGGACUUUGACAUUGGACGGAGUGAACCACACCCCACUCUCAAGUCUGUGCCUAGUUUGGAGUGGCUCGAGGGGACCUCCGAAAUGGCCCCUGAGGAACAGUCUGAGCUACGGCGGAUUUCCAGCUCGUUCCUGCACAGAUUAACAUGCUUAUUAGACCUGGGCGACGGACGCACGAGAGCAUGGCAGACUGGCCACGGACAAAGUCUGCAUCUCCCCUCCAGAAGCAAAUUCUUGCGGGUUCUGGGGACCCAGUUGGCCGUGGCGCAGCAUGUGUUCCAGCGAGAGCCACAGGCCCUGGAGGGUACUGAGGAGGAGGCUGUCUGGGCCCGGCUGGAGCUCAGGGCCAGAGCGGUGCUGCAACACGCGCUGGAUCAGGAAGUCACAUCGCAAAGCACACUUCAGGCCAGCAGCGAGUGGGAGGGGGGGCGUGGCCGGAUGGGCGCGCUGCUGGAGGAGUUGGACGGCGUGGCGAGCGCGGGACCGCCGGAGGGGGGGGGGGACGGCGACUCGGAGCUGUACCUUGUGGAGCAUGUGCGGACACGACUCGGAGCCUGCCAGGACGUGCUAGUCCAGCUCGAGCAGAGCAGGGCGGCCUUGGGCUGUCUGCUAGACCAGAGACAGCUAUUGGUGCUUCCGCCGCCAACCGACGCAGAAGGCAGUACCUCAGUCGGCCCAACAGGGGGAGCUCUGGAGCUGCAGUGGCGGAGCAUCCACAGGCGGACAGAGCAGGAGAUCAGGCGUUGCCAGGAGAUUCAGCGGAGCUGGGCCAGACUGCAGAGCGAGAGCCAAUCUCUGGGGGAGUGGCUGGCGGGGGUCCGAGGGCCACUGGAGACGUGGUGUGGGCUGGCCGACAGCGCUGCAGGGGGGAAGGAGAGCAACGUUCACAGCCACCUCACCCAGCUCCUGGAUUUCUCCAUGGAGGUGGAGGCCAGGGCGGCUCAGAAGGCAUCUAUAGCCAGGGAAGGAGCUCUCCUCCUGGGCUUGAGGGAGGCAGACAGUCCCUGGCUGCGUGGUCUGCUCAGUGCGCUGGAAGUCACCUGGAGCCAGCAUACAUCUGACCUGGACAAGGCCCAGGAACGGCUGCAUCAGCUGGUCGUGGUUGUCUGGCCCCCGUCGGAGCUGCUCUCUGACCUGCGGGGCUGGGUGGAGAAGGUGGAGAACAGGCUUGGGGAGGAAAGGGUGAAAGCCUUCCAGGCCACAGAUGCCUCCCAGCUGGCCGACACCCUACAGCACCUCCAGGAGCUGAAUGUGGGCGUGAGCUGUGGUCAGGUGCUCCUGGACUUCCUGUGGCAGUCUGCGCCGCCAAAAGCAGAUCCGGCAGACAUCUGCGUGUUCAGUUGGGAACGCACUCUCUUCGCCGAGACGAUCGGCGAACUCAGCUCGAGCUGGGCGUGCCUACAGGGCGAGCUAAUGAGUCAGAUCCGCUUGGUGGGAGAUAUGCAUGACAUGUGCGCCCACAGAAAAAUGCGAUUGGAGCGUAUUGGCGACUGGCUCGCACGUCAAGCUGCCGAGUUGGAGCGCUGGGAUCGCCCCGCCAGCCAAACCGAGGCUCGCAAGGCCCUGCUCGAAUGCCAGGCCAUUGAGGGGAGAGAAAAGGAGGUGAGGGCAACAGUGCAGGAGCUGCAGGAGCUGCAGGAGCUGCGUGCUUGUGAGCCGGAGGACCCCCAGCAGGAGCAAGAGACACAGCAGAGGCAGGAGAAUCCCAGGGACAGUGUGUUUGCUUCGCGGGUAGAGGGCGCCACUCAAGCCUGCAUGGCGCUGACCCAGAAGGCGGAGGCUCUUCGACCAGCUCUAGAACGCAUCCUGGUUGAGUGGAGUCAAUUGGAGACAGAUUUGAGCGAAGUCUCCCUCUACACCACCAGGCUGCGCUGUGCCCUGCAGCAGCUGCUGCACACACCUGCAUUCUCACCCAAGCAAGUCCAGAAGCAGUUGGAGGAGCUUAAGCAACUGCAGGAGGGUGCUGGGAAAGGGGGCAAGCUGUGUGCAGCAGUGGACCAAUCAUAUCAGGCUCUGGAAGGAAAAGUCAAUGACCUCACAGCCAGGUUACUCAAAGAGCGGAUUGAAGGAGAGCAAAGAAGAUGGGAGGAGGCGAGGCUGGAGGUGGUGGCGGCCGUCCGGGGGACUGACCAGAGGCUGGCCCUGUGGCAGGGCUACGUGCAGCAGCGCAACAGCUGCACUCUGGCUCUGCAGCAGGCGCGGCUCCAGUGGGAGGAGCCCCGGAAGGCCCCUCCCGCCCCACAUCGGGUUGCACACACCAGUGGGGGCUCCACCGAGGACUUCAUUGAGGACUUGCAACGCAGCGGAGGGGAUAUGGCGGCGGCCGCUCGGCCUUUGAUCGCACUACUAGAACCCCUGGCAGCCAAUCAGAUACAGGCUGAGGUUGCAGUGUUGUCAGGUGACAUCCUGCUCGUGGUCCAAGCAGUAUCCAGAGAGGAGGCCCGCCGGCAGGAGGAUUUGGAGCUCCACCAGAGAUUUUGUCGGGGUUUGGAAGCGGUCGAGCUGCAGACACAGGAACUGGCGAACGGGCCAACCCCAGGAGCACGUCACCUGGAGUCCGCUCAGAAGACCGUGCAGGAUCUCAGCGGCCUGUGCCUGCCCCUCAUGGAGCUGAGUGAGCUGAGUGGCCGAGGUCCGACGGGCCGUGGCGAAGGGGAGCGACUGGGAGUGCUCUGGAGACAAUGGGCCGAGGGCCUGACUCACGCGGCUGACGUAUACCAGGAGAUGACCAUAGCAUCCUGUAGUUCACAGAGCUUUCAGCAGAAGUCUGAUAGGUUAGCGAUCAUCCAGGGAGCAGUCAAGGAAGCCUUGGGGACCAGAGACACUGGAAGAUCCUCCAGCCUUCUGAAGAGGCUGGCUACACAUCAGAGGCUUGGCGUUGAACUGGUAACUGGCCAGUGGCUCCUGGGGGCCCUUUUCAGGGACUCUGUCGGCCUCCAGACAAACACCACAGAAGAAGAAAGGGCGGAGCUCCUGACCAGCCUGGCCCGGCUGAGGGAGGGCUGGCAGCGUGGCUGUGUGGCCGGGGCUGCAGAGCGCAGGGCCCGGCUGGGGGAGGAGCUCUCCCUCUGGAGGGGCUACCAGCAGCGGUCCCGGCUGCUCUGGAGGGUCCUGAGGUCCCCCCAGCCCGACCCCGGCGGGGGGACGCCCUGCACGCUGCGGCGGCUACGGCGCGCCCACGACGGCUACAAGCGGCUGGAGGACACCAUGGCCACACACGGCUCUGUUUACGGGCAGACCCUCGAGGUGGGAAGGAGGCUGUGUGCGUCCACGGCAACAUCCACAGAGCCCGCUGAUCACGGACAACUGUUCCAAGAGCUCCGGUGUCUGGAGGAGGCGUGGGAGCCGGCCAGCACCCUGCUGGGAAGGAGAACGGCCCUGGUGAACACUGCGCUUCAGGAAUGGUCGCUGUUUGGGGACAAGUUGGUCGUCUGUGGGCGUCAGCUUGAUGACCUGACGCUGAGCCUGGAGCAGCCAAUAGGGAGCGAGGAUCCUGAGGUGGUGGAGAGGCUGCUCAGGGUGAGUUGUGUGUUUGUGUUUGUGUCUUCCCUGUAUGGGAGUGUGUGUCUGCCUGCAUGGGAGUGUGCAGCCACACCCAGCCCCAGAGUCCACUCAGUCUGCCUCGGCCAGGUGGGGCGGCUGAAACCAGCCAUCAUCCACACCUACGCAAUAAACGUCUAA